UUACUAGUACUACCGACGUAAGCCCGUAUAAAAACACUGUUGAUUUGGGAGAGAACUAGGGUUUAAGAAAUUUGUAACCCUAACUGUCCAAAAUUUUCAAUCCCUAAAAAUUUGCGGCGACUACAAAAAGAAAUCCCAUCUCUCUCUAUAAAAUUACAGAUUACCGAUCACAGAUAUCUUCUACAGCUGAAAAGUUUGAUUUUCAACCUCUGGUGGAAAGAAAUUGAAGGAAAUUUUCGACGAUUUCAAUCAAUUGAAGUUUUAUAUCCCCAACUAAAUAGUUGGAAGAGUAAAGCUAUUCUAAAUGGUUUUUGUGGGUUGAAUGUUUCGUCUCUGAGGCCCUUUUUUCUCGUUAAUUAAGGCAUUUAUUGGCGUUUUGGUGUCGAGUAUCGAGUAGAUUGAGUUGCGUGCCGGCCCUGUGUUGUUUUCUGUUUUACAUUGCGAGGAGAUUGUCGAAGUUGUGAAAUGAAAAAUAAGGGACGUGUAAGUUGGGACGAGGAUAACUUGGAGGAGAAUGAGAAAGAUAAACCAGUAAGACAGAAGAUUACUGAGCCAAAGACUCCGUUUCAUCGGAUGACUGAUAAUGAUGGUUCUUCGUCUCCAGUACAUCGUGCAUUUGAUGAGUGUAUCGAUGAUGUUGAAUCCACUCUUAGAGAUAGCACUAUUAGGUUUGGUGGGUCAUCUGUGGAGGAUGAGGGGGAGGUUGUGGAGGAUGGCGAAAAUUCUGAAUUAGGGAGUAGUUUCAAAAAGCAUAGGCAAGCGCAUUAUGACGAGUUUUUGAAAGCGAAGGAACUUUCUCGCAAUGGUUCUCUCAUGGAUGAAGACACUACAAUAGAGGACAAUAUGUCGGAGUGGUCAGAGGUGGAAGAUACUGCUAUAUAUGAAGACGCUGCAAUAAACGAUACUACUUCAUCACUGAGCUCUAGAGCAGAAAAUAUUGCUAUAGCUGAUGGCAAGCAAGGGUUGUCUGGAGCGAUGGCUCAGGAAGCUGCAAUGGCUCAGGAAGCUGGUAUGUUUGUUGUUCAUCAGACGAUUGGCAAUGUCCUUUGCUGCAAAUGUGGUGUCCCUAUGCAACCAAAUGCAGCCAAUAUGUGUGUGAGAUGUUUGCGUUCUGAAGUUGACAUCACUGAAGGGUUGCUGAAGCAGGUGACAAUCUUAUUCUGCCCUGACUGUGCGACUUACUUGCAGCCUCCAAAGACUCGGAUCAGGGCCGAGCUAGAAUCAAGGGAACUCCUGACAUUCUGCCUUAAGAAGUUGAACUUAGAUAAAGCCAAAGUCACAUUGGUGCAUGCUGAGUUUGUGUGGACUGAACCACACUCUAAGAGGAUUAAGGUCAAACUGAGGAUUCAGAAAGAAGUCCUUCACGGGGCAGUUCUAGAGCAACCUUAUAUGGUUGAAUAUGUCGUGCACCAUCAAAUGUGUGACUAUUGCUCUAAGAUCCAGGCAAAUCCGGAUCAGUGGGUGGCAGCAGUUCAACUCCGGCAGCAUGUUUCUCACAGGAGGACUUUCUUCUACCUGGAACAACUUAUUCUUAAGCAUGAUGCUGCAGUUAAGGCUAUUAGAAUACAGCAGAUGCAUCAUGGUAUUGAUUUUUUUUUCUCCAACAGAAGUCAUGGGGUGAAAUUUCUGGAGUUUGUUGGUAAAGUUGCGCCCAUCAAGAGUCGUAGUGACAAAGAACUUGUGUCUCAAGAUUCCAAGAGCAACAUUUACAACUAUAAGCACACCUUCUCCGUUGAGAUUUGCCCCAUCUGUCGUGAGGAUCUUGUAUGUCUUCCUCCUAAAGUUGCCGCUAAUUUUGGGAAUUUGGGUCCUCUUGUUAUCUGCACAAAAGUGAGCAACAAUAUAAUGUUAAUGGAUCCAAACACCCUGAGGUAUUGUUUCCUAGAUGCUGAUCAGUAUUGGAGGUUUCCCUUCAGAUGCUUGCUCUCUAGUAGGCAGCUGGUAGAAUACAUUGUGCUAGAUAUCGAUAAUGUUUCAGCUGAAGUUAAUGUUUCUGGCUCAAGGUAUGCCUUGGCUGAUGCUCAAGUGGCACGUGUAUCAGAUUUCGGAAAGAAUGAUACAAUGUUCUACGUUAGAACACACUUGGGUCAUCUUCUGAACCCCGGGGAUUAUGCUCUUGGUUAUGAUGUUUAUGGGGCGAAUCCAAAUGACUCUGAGUUAGACAAAUACAAAGGACUUGUUCUUCCUGAAGUCAUCUUGUUAAAGAAAAGCUAUGAAGAGAAGCGUCAAAGAAAACGUGGGAAGCCUCGUGCUUGGAAGCUUAAGAACCUUAACAUGGAGGUGGAGGACACUACCCGAGGUAAAAUUGACCAAGAUAAGGUGGAUAAUGAGUAUGAAGAGUUUUUGAGAGACUUGGAAGAAAACCCUGAAUUGAGGUUCAACGUAUCAUUGUAUCGCAAUAAGGAAUACCAACCAUCGGAAUCAACUUCAAUGGCAGAUGGUGACGAGUUACCCUCCGUUCCUCUGGAUGAGUUGCUCGCUGAUCUUGAUCUAAGUGAUGAAGAUGACGAUGCCGGGGGUAGUAACAUGAGAGAGUGAUGAGCUCUUCUUUUCAGAAACUCUUUAGAGUUUCAUUUUUUCAUUUCAAUUUUGCUUCAUAAUUUAUUUUUCUUUCUGGACUAUUUAUCUAUGCUUUUGAGUUAUGAUAACAAUAGUCUUAUAUCAUGUUUUGUACUCGGCUUCUAGAUGUAUAUUGUAGGAAUUUUUCUGCAAACUGUUGGUUUUAUAUAUCACUUAAUUUCGAGUUUUUGCUUA